ACUACUGUUAAAAUAGUACCCAAUACAUCAAUUGUAGAGCUAUAUAGAAAUACUACUGUUAAGAUAGUGCUCAAUACAUCAAUUGUAGAGCUAUAUAGAAAUACUACUGUUAAAAUAGUACCCAAUACAUCAAUUGUAGAGCUAUAUAGAAAUACUACUGUUAAAAUAGUACCCAAUACAUCAAUUGUAGAGCGAUAUAGAAAUACCACUGUUAAAAUACGAUAUAGAAAUACUACUGUUAAAAUAGUGCUCAAUACAUCAAUUGUAGAGCGAUAUAGAAAUACUACUGUUAAAAUAGUACUCAAUACAUCAAUUAUAAAUACUGAAACA